CAGUCGUCUGCUGUACGUAACGUUGGUAGCUGCAGUGAUGACAAGAAUACGUAAGCAUGGCUUCAAAUCUAAAAGAUAUCUGAAGGUGUCGGAGAGUCAACAUGCCCGAUGGACCAAAACAUCGACUUACUCUAAUGAUCACAACUAUUUUUCCAUUCCAAACAUCUCAAAUGCAACAAGGGAGGAAGAGGUUUCUUGUGAAGGAAAACAGACUAGGUCAUCUGAAGACUGGAGAGAAGGGAGAAGAAUUGUUGAGCUAGAUGUCCUUGCCACUGGUCUAAGAGCAUGUCUUAAAUGUGGUUUGCCCCUACAGCUUGGACAUACUAUUGACAUACAGACAUAUGGUCUUGGAUGUCUACUGAAAGUACAGUGUUUUAAUACCAUUUGUAUGCAUGUAAACAGUGUUCCUACUGGAAAGCGUCAUGACAGAGUAUGGGAUGUCAACAGUAAACUUGCAACAGCCCUUGUUCACUCUGGACUUGGAGAAAGACAAGCUAAUAGUUUCCUAUCAGAGCUAAAUAUUCCAGCAUUUAGUUAUAAACUGGUUAGUGCAAGACUGAAAGAAGUAGGGAAUGUUGUUGAAGAGGUAGCCAAGGAAUCAACAAAUGAAGCACUGGAGAAAGAAUUGGCAGCUGUAGAACAAAAGAAGGGUUCACUUGUGGUUGCUGUAGAUGCAGGAUGGCAGAAAAGAGGAAGUGGUAGAGCAUAUGACAGCAAAUCAGGUCAUUGUUCCAUGAUUGGUCCAGAGACGGGAAAAAUUAUAAACUACUCCGUAAGAUCAAAAGAGUGCAGAGUUUGCAGUAGAGCAGAAUCCAGAAAUGAAAGUCCAAGAGAGCAUGCAUGCUACCGUAACUGGGAAGGUAGUUCAAAGGGGAUGGAGGCUGAUAUGGUGAUAGAAAUGGUGAAAGAUGUACAGAGUAAAGGCUGUACAGUAGCUGCAUUAGUUGGAGAUGAGGAUUCAACAACAAUAGGACGAGUACGGGCAAACAUCAGUAAUAGCAUUGAAAAGAUAUCUGAUAGAAAUCACUUAAAGAAGAUUCUUGGAAACAGUCUUUACUCUCUCAAGAAAAAUCAUCCUGUUUUAACAGUUAGAAUAAUCAAAUAUUUACAAAGUUGCUUUAACUAUAUAAUAGCCCAAGGUGAAGGUAAUCCAGAACAAAUAGCAAAAGAUCUCAAUGCACUUUCGAAACAUCCUUUUGGCGAUCAUCAAUGCUGCUCAAGUCGAUGGUGUAAAUUUCUCAGCAAUCCAAAGUCUGUUUUUAAAUCAUUUCCUCAAGGAAAACCUCUGUCGGGUUCAGGUCUACAAAAGUCUCUGGAAAGUGUUUUUGAAGGAUAUGCUAAGAACAGCCUUAAAUUGUCAACUGUCGGUAGUACUCAAGCUAAUGAGAGUUUCAACAGAAUGGUUUCUGCUAAAGCACCAAAGCAUGUUCAUUACAGUUCUUCUGGAAAUUUGAAUUACAGAGUUGCAGCAAGUGUUGCCCAGAAGAACACAGGUCACAGAUACCUAGUUAAUGUUAAUAAGAAGUUGGGGCUUUCACCAGGUUACCAUACUCAGCGCCUUGCCAGAUUAAGAGAUUAUCAGCGAUCAAAGCAGAGGGCAUUGGCAACUACAAGAGCAUUUAAAAGAAAACGACUGGAAAAGAAAGCUAAGAUGCACCAAAAGCUUGCAUCUGCAGAAGUCAGAGAAGGUGUCUCCUAUCAAACAGGAUGUUCUCUUGAUGCAGCAAUAUCGGAUGAUAUUCAGUCUAUUCCUGCACCAGUUAUUACUCCAGAAUAUCUUCCUUUGGAACCAAAGACCUUGAAUGACAGUUGCAUGACAUACUUUGAUGUUGAAACAACAGGACUUGGCAGAGAUUCUCACAUAAUACAGUUGUCUGCUGUCAACAGCCAAAACACAAAAUUCAAUAGAUACAUAAAACCAGCUAGACCUAUAUUACCACAAGCCUCAGAAGUGACUGGUUUGAAGUUUCAGAAUGGGAAAAUGUACCAUGAGGAUAGAGAAGUUCAGAGUAUUGGAAUUUCUAAUGCCUUAAAAGCUUUUAUUCUCUUUCUGAAAGAAAUUCACAACACUGUACUUGUUGGGCAUAACUCCAAAAUUUUUGAUGUUCCAAUAUUAAUUAAUGCACUUGAAAAAAAUGGUCUACUUAAUAACUUUAUGUCAUCAGUGAAAGGAUUUAUUGACACACUUCCUCUUUUCAAAGAGUGUAUACCAAAUCAACCAUCAUAUUCACAGCCAAAAAUUUAUAACGCUUUAUUUGGUGAACUGUAUAGUGCUCAUGAUUCCAUGGAAGAUGUUGUGGCUCUACGUCGCUUAUUUGAGAAAAUAUCACCUAGUCUUGUAUUGAAAUCCAAAUUCUCUGGCACUAAUGAAUCUGUAAUGCAGUUGUAUCAACACAGAAACUGUACAAAAGGUUUGCUUACAACACUGAGACCUCUAACAAAUAGCAAAACUAUAACGAACUGUAUGGCUACGAAAAUUGCUAGCAGUGGAUUAGGUCUAAACCAUCUUAAACUGGCACAUAAAAGAGACAGACAACAAGGAAUAGAGAAUCUAUUUACAGAAUUAUGUGGACAUCCAUCAAAAGCUCGUGUUACAAAGUCAAAAAAAAUAAUUCAGGCAACAUCAAUCUAUCUGAAUGACUUGGAGGAAUGAACUAUAAUACACAUGUAUAUAUAGUUUUAUUGACAAAAUAGACUACUAAGCUUGAUUUUAUUUGUAGUUGAUUUUUUUUUUACAAUAUAUCAAAAUUUAGAUGUAAAAAGAAAUUGCAACUUGAGUAAGGGCGGUGUCGUAAAAUAAUGACCACUUAAAGGCAGAAAAAUAUAUCCUAUCAUAUGGGUAAUAAGGGUACUUUUUUUAAAACUUUACAAAUCUACUGUACCCUACUUAUGCUGUACAUAAAAGAUUACGAUUGCAGACCAAAAGUGUACAGGGAAGAUAACCAAACUUAUGUUAGAUUUGUUACGAUUUAUCAACAUUUAGAUGAAAAAAGAAAUUGUAAUUGAGUAAGGGCUGUGUCCUAAAAUAAUGACCCCUUAAAGGCAAAAAAUUAUCCUAUCAUAUGGGUAAUAAGGGUACUUUUUAUGUUCAUUUUUAGCUUGACAUAGGGUAAUUGGAUGUUUCAUUAAACUUUACACUUCUACUGUACACUACUUAGGCUGUACAUAAAAGAAUAUGAUUGCAGACCAAAAGUGUAAAUGGAAGAUAACCAAUGUUAUAUCUUUAAAAGGGGGAUAUUCUCUGUCUCAUUCCUAAUUUAUAUAGUGAAAAAGGGGGGGGUAUCUAAAUCUUGGGCAAAUACCAUUCAAAUACCAAGAAAGGUCCUGCUGGAUCUUUCUUACCUAACAUAUACUUUUUUUCUGACUUCAGAAAAUAGCAAAAAUAAAUCAUACAUCUAGUAAAGCAGAAUUAUACACACAUAAGGGAAUGUUCGAAUAUUCAGAUUUAAAAUUAUUUCUUUGGACAAAGAUAAAAAAUAGAAUAUUUUAUUCCCAAUAACUUGGACAUAAACUUUCUUAAAACAUUUUAAAAGAUAAAAUAGUGAAAAGUACGGGAAAAUUUUCCCUCCAAAUUUCCACUAUAUAACCAGUCAAAAUUUUCCUGCCAUCUUUUGGCUUGAUUUGAAAUUUUAGGUUUACAAAAUUUCUCUUUAGGGCAAAGUAACCACAUUUUAAAGGUAAAAUCAUUUUAUACUUUUAUUAUGUACUGUCUACUGCACCAUUAUUAGGUGGACAAGCUCAUCAUAAUUUGAGAUGGUAAAGUUAUAUUUUUCCUGUUAUUGUAACUUUUUUUCGAAAUCAUGUACCCAUACUUUUUUUUCUGUAAUAAUUUAGCUUACUGUAAAGGCUUUAAGAUGAUAACAAAAAAAAAGAAGAUUAAUUAUUGCAAAUUAUAUUUUAUGUCAUAUAUAUGGGCCAUGGUUGUUAUAAAAUCAGUGAAAAUUUAUUAAAUUUGGAAAUUCUGGAAUAUCUUAUUUGAACAAGUUUGUGUAAUCUCAUAUUUUUUUGUUAUUUACUGAAUGCUGAUGCCAUUGACAUGUGAAUACUACCAAUAAAUCAAUUUCCAACAAAUGCAUUUACUCUUUUUUGUUGAUUUUUAUCCUUAUAUCCUUCUUCUACGAAUAUACACAAAUAUGGUAUAUUCAGAGGUCGUUGCCAUGGAAACGGUGUCAUGUACAUGCCAAUUUUAUUUCAUUUUUCUGACAAUGGAUAUUGUCCCUUUGAGUACAUACCCUUUUUAUGUUACUUUAAUUAUUAUUUUGUCAGGUUCAUAUCA